CGCUUCGCUGACCUUUAACAAGACAUUGUUUAUCACGGUUAUACUAUUAUCAAUACAUCAAUUGAUUUCUACAGUGAGCUACACACCAGCAGCACCAGCAGCAGCAGCCAUGAAGUUUCAAGCUCUUUUCUUCCUUCUGCUCCUCACGUGCAUGCACCAGAGUCUGGCACAAGGCUCCUAUAGUAACUGCUGCCUCGGGCACGUUAAGAGGAUGAGGGGUAAUGCAAAGAGAAACAUUGAAAGUUACAUGAUGCAGGAAACAGAUGGGGAUUGCUACAUCAGAGCUGUUGUGUUUCUGCUAAAGAAGAAGCCAUCUCAUAAGAAACAACGGACUGUCUGUGCCAAUCCACACGAUUCUUGGGUCCAGGAGCUGAUCAGGACCGUGGAUAUGCAAAUGCAGAAUUAGACCAGUGAAUGGGGGAAAAAAAAGAGAAGAACAGGGGAGAGGAGAGCAGCUGUUUUCCCUCCCCGUCAGGCAUCGUAUAUAACCCAGAGUCAUAUGUAUUAGGUUUCAGUAGAUUAGCUAUUGAUACAAAUGUAUCUCAUGUACACUAUUACACAAACAUAUCAUUUGCUCAAAAUUAUAGCCAGUAUAGCAAAUUUCAUGUAUAUGAGCCAUUGCUGUUCACUACUCUGUGAUAAGUAGCGCCUGCUACAAAUAAGCUACUAUUUUGCAGCUAUGAAACAUAUGAGUGUGUAUAUGUGCCUGUGUAUAAGUCUGUGUGCAUGUACGGUAUAGGUUUUUUUUUUACACAGAAGAUAUAUUUUUGUAUCAGCAGUCUAAUUGUGCUUUGUGUCUCCCAAUAUCAAAUAAAGAAGAAACAUAAAUACUCUGCAUUCUGUAAUAGUUAAUCAGAAUAUAUGGUAACACGACAGUUAACAUCAAGCUGUUUUGAAUUAUUUCUGUCCUGACUUGGUGAUCACAUGGUUGACAUGUAGGGAAGGAAAAAUCGGUUGCACAAUUCCACCAAGGUUAUGUUUUUACUGGAUGCUAAAGAAACAAAACCGGCUUUAUUCCAGUAACAACUUACCUGUGGCAGAAACUGAAAAUACAAUCCAGUUUAACACUUUAAAGCAAUGUUUUCACAACUCACUCACAAGAAACAUAGCUGGUUUUCAUCGGUUAGACAAUGACACUGAUUGUAAAAGUUUGAGUCAACAGCAAAAAAUCUGCCAGAUUCUCAGACAUCCAGUCCAACACGGCUGGAUUAAAGAGAGUUUUCAAGUCAGUCUAUAUCAGGAUUUUGAACAUAUCUCACACUGAUACGUAUCAUUGGAUAAAUCAUUUGUCUAAACAGUUUUGUAAUCCAGUUCACUUCAGAGUAAAAUGUUGAUUCAAGUUUGAUUGCAUUAGAAACUAAUUGUGUCUCAGCUUCCAGCAGGGGUGAUCUACUGAACUGAUGCCAAAGGACUUCAUAGGGCCCAGCCUGAAAAAUACUGUAAUCCCCCUUUAAGCAACUGGAGCAAGAUCUGACCUGUCUAUAAUCCUCACUUUGUGAAUUAAACAUAUCCAUUUGUCUUUUGGAAUGCAGGACAGACACUGAAGGUGAAGAUACAAUCUGUAAAUACCUGAGGUGAGAAGGAGAGAAACAGCUUAUGGGUCUCAGUCAAUGUUACAUCUUUUCCACAUUCCACAAGUCAUUAUUCUCAUCCACUGAACCAAAAACAGGGUCAACUGUGCCACUCUGGUCACUUAUUAGUGCUUUGUUGAUGCUCUAUGGUUUGAAAAACAAGGAUAACUGUAACUCUGCUCAUAAAAAUUC